UCUAAAGUCCUUGGGUAUAUUUUUUUUAUAAUUUUUACAUAAGCACCGAUUUCACAUUUUAUUUGUUGGGCCAAACACGUUCAAACUCAUGCUCUAUAUUGACCAGGAUCCAUUUUUGAAAUACAAUCCGUACCUGGAGUCUGCAAAGACGCCGUUCCAAAGACACUGGCAUGAAAUUGUAGCCAGCGCGUUGUUCUAUCAUGCAAUCACCAUGGCUGCCCCGUUGAUCAAUACCGCGAUCUUUGGAAAGCAUUACACAGGCAUCACCAAUAAAAAACGCAAACUCAACUUUGACAUUCACAUUUCCGCAUUCGUGCAGUCCAUCGUGUCAGUUGCCCUAUGCAUCCCCAUGUUCUUCCAUCCAUACUUUAAAUCCGAUCCGGUGUUUGGAUCCUACGACUUUGCCGGAUUGACCGCCGCGCUCACCUGCGGAUAUUUCGUGUGGGACCUGCUGUACUGCUGCUUGUUCCACUUCGACAUGUUUGGCCUGCCGUACUUAUUCCACGCAGGAGCAGCACUUACCGUGUUUGGGAUGACCUUUAAAGGGUUCUGCCAGCCGUCGAUUCCUUCGUUCCUGAUCUUCGAGGCCAGUACGCCCUUCGUCAACCUGUACUGGUUUGCAUCGAGGCUCCCAAAGGGGGCUGUGAACGAGACACUGUUUAUUGUGAACGGAGUUCUGCUAAUUGUUUCGUUCUUCUUGUGCCGGAUCGUCUGGGGCAUCUACGCUGCCUUCAGAACUUUCUAUAUCUGCUUCCAAGUGCGUGAACAGCUGCCAACCGGGAGCCUGCCCAUCACCAUAGUGCUCAACAUUGGCCUCAAUGUGCUCAACAUCCACUGGUUUUCCAAGAUGGUGCUUCUGGCAUACAAACAAUUUGCUCGCUCAGGAGAGAAACACGAGUAGCUCGCGAUAGACAUCCGUGCACCAGCUACCCCACAAAAAACAGCGUAAGCGGUGCUGGAAUUUUCCAGAAAUUGCCUUAGUAUGGAGAAGGUACCAGCAACCGACAGUCGACACCAGAGUUUCCAUAUGUUUCCAUCCGAUGUAGCAUUUUUUUGUAUAUAAAGCGGGCCUCAUGCCACGCAUAUUUCCUCAGUAUUAAUUCAAGAUGUCUAAAGCAGUCG